AUGUCCUUGCCAACACUGCAAGACGUCCUCACGACUUUAGUCUCACUACUCAAGACGACUACACCACUUCUCAAGAGAAUUACAUCACUACUACUCAAGACAACUACAUCAGUUCUCCUCUUUACAAUAGUCAUCAUCCUCGCCAUCGCAGUAUACCGACUGUAUCUCCAUCCCCUCGCUGGCGUUCCUGGUCCUUGUCUAGCUGCCCUUUCCAACAUCUGGCACGCUUGUCAUGCCCGCAAUGGUCGCAUGUAUCAGUUGGGCACAACUCUACAUAAGCGAUAUGGGCCCGUGGUGAGAGUUGGUCCUAAUGAACUUUGGUUUGAUAGUAAGGAGGCGUUUAAGACUAUUUAUAGUGCAGGAAGUGGAUUUGAGAAAUCGGAUUUUUACCUCUCAACCCUCCUCACCAAACCCACCCUUUCCCUCAAAUUUUCCCCCUUCAAGUUCCCCUUUCCCAGUCUCCAAUUACGGCAGCACCACCCCGACACCCUCGACCUCCUCUCCGAGCGCCACCUCCCCCGCUACCGCCUCCAACGCCGUCUCAUCGGCCCGCUCUACCAACUCUCCUCCCUCAAGAAAUUCGAACCCCAAAUCGACGCCGUCUUGGAUCGCGCCAUCGCCCAGCUGCGCACCCUCCAAGGCCAAGAAGUCGAUCUCAAAGAAUGGAUGCACAUCAUCGCCGUCGAAUGUCUCGGCGCCGUAGUCCUCAGUUGGUCACCGGGUUACAUCCGCGACAAGUCCGACGGCGGGACAAGUGUCCAGGGUUACCGUGGAUGGAAGCGCAAGUCCGUCUUUGGCCUGUUUCCCUCUAUCACCGUUCUUUCUUUUCUAGAAGGUGGUCCUUUCGGAAUAGGCGCAAAAAUUGGGAAGGGAGUGGCUAGGUGGUGGUCGAAUACUUGGGGUGUCACGUUCGCUACACCGAAAGGGUUCAAGCCGUUUUUCACGGCUGUUUAUCAGAAGGUGUCGAGACGGGUGUCGAUGGCUUUGCUUUUGUGGAUGAGUGAAGAUGUGAAGGUGGUGAAGCCCAGCAAGAAGAACAAACACCCUAAGCCGGCGGGGAAGAAGCAAGACAAAGGGACCGGGAAGAAGGAUCUCCUGGAGGAUCUGAUAAGACUGCAUCAAUCCAAGCCGGAGCAGUUCACGGAAACCUACCUGCGCAGAAUGGCAAUGACCAACUUUGGCGCGGGACAUGAGACGCUUUGUUCGGCUUUGACGGCUUGUAUGGCUAUGCUCGGGACGCAUGCAGCCGUUCAAGCAAGAGUCGCUGAGGAAGUUGGUUCCCAUCUUCGGGGUGGUGGGACGGUGCCGUUCGAUACCACGGCUAAGCAACUCCCGUAUACUCUGGCAGCCAUCAAAGAGGCACAGAGAUUACAUCCUGUCAUCGCCAUGAGUCUUUCGAGGACUGUCCCGCGAGACCUUGACGGUGCAGGAGUCAUGCUGCAUGGCCACUGGGUCCCCGAGGGGACGACGGUGGGGUGUAAUCCUGUAGCGUUGCAUCGGAACACGGAAAUCUUUGGGGACGAUGCGGACGUGUAUAACCCUAGUCGGUGGUUGUCCCGUCAUCACUCCGGCUCAUCAUCAUCAUCACCACCAUCAAAGGCCGGUUCCAACGCGGGUGUCGGCUCCGAUGCCGGCUCCGAAAUCGACUCCGAGCUCGCCCCCGAGCCCGAACCCGACUCCGACUCAUCCAGCAAGCCUCCGCAACCAAACCUAAACCCAGAAGAAGAAGCCGAAAGAAAGAGAUUGAGAGAAAUGCUCCACCUAAACCUCACCUACGGCGGCGGCGCACGCACCUGUCCCGGCCGCCACCUGGCCGAACUAAUCGUCUGGAAAGUAAUACCGCGAUUAGUAGCGGAGUUUCGGGUCCAAGUCACACACAUGCCAGACGACGAAAACAUGGAGAGGUAUUUUAUGAGUAUGUUGACGGGAGUGAAGGUGAGGUUUUUGGAGAGGGAGGACAUAGCACGAGGAGGGGGCACAGGGGGGGGACUACUGUCUGGGGACAUAGGUAAGAGUAGUGUAGAUGUAGAUGUAGAUGGUUUGGAUUGA